AUGGGCAAGCUAUUUAGAAACUACUUCCUUUGUAAUUGUAUCUCUUCUUCUUGCUCAGGGAACUCAGACUCCAUGACUCCACCCUUCAUCCUGUGGCUUCACGGGUUAGGAGAUUCUGGACCUGCCAACGAAAACAUCAAGACAGUUUUCAAAUCCCCCGAGCUGAGGGACGCUAAGUGGCUCUUCCCUUCUGCUCCUCCCAAUCCCGUUACCUGCAACAACGGUCGGGUGAUGCCUUCUUGGUUUGAUGUCCCUGAGCUUCCUUUUAAUGUGGGAUCUCGAAUUGAUGAAAGUAGCAUUCUUGAAGCAGUUAAGAACGUUCAUGCAAUUAUAGACAAGGAGAUUGCAAGAGGAACAAGACCAGAAAACGUGUUCAUCUGUGGUUUAAGCCAAGGAGGUGCUUUAACCUUGGCUAGUGUUCUUCUCUAUCCAAAAACACUUGGAGGAGGAGUUGUCCUUAGCGGUUGGGUGCCAUUCACUUCUUCAAUCAUCAAUCAGUUUCCUGAAGAAGCUAAAAAGACACCAAUCUUGUGGUCUCAUGGUACUGAUGAUGAGCUUGUGCUCUUUGAAGCUGGUCAAGCUGCUCUUCCUUUUCUUGAACAAGCCGGUGUCACCUGUGAAUUCAAGGCGUAUCCGGGUCUUGCGCACUGGAUGAGCAACAAGGAGCUAGAGUAUAUAGAGUCAUGGAUCAAGUCACGCAUGCAAAGUUCCUCGUCUUCUUCCUCUUGA